AUGUGGCUUACCAAGGCGCCAUUGUUAGCAAUAACGAUGCCUCUCAGCGCGUCCUCCGGGUUCUUCUUAUAUACCAUUUCCCUCCAAAAACGGCUCGGCCGAUCACAGUGUGGUGCGGUGUUUUGGCUUAAGGGUCAGCCGCAGCCCUUCCGGAAGAAGGUGUCGCCAGUUCUCACCUUCUCACGGUGCUGUGGGGGAGUUGGUGCUUGCCACUUUCUCUCAAAGGCCAACCGCCGCCGGGAGAUAACAUUUUUAAAGGAUGCAUGCGCAAAUAAAAUUAUUCAACGUGUUGUUGGGGAAGCCGGCGCGGAGAACACCCGGUUUCAUUUUUUUUUCUUUUAG